AUGCACACUGCAGACUUUCUGGACAUCGAGCCUACCGAGAUUUCAUCAAUCUUGAGUGGUGGCUACAACCACCCGCUGCUGAGGGAAUGGCAAAGCGAACGUCAGUUGAAGAAGAAUAUGCUCAUAUUCCCAUUGUUCAUCUCUGACAUUCCAGAUGAGGCAACUCCAAUUGAUUCUCUACCUAAUAUCAAGAGAUUCGGUAUCAAUAAAUUGGUGGACUAUGUCAAACCGUUAGUCGAAAAGGGCUUGAGGUCUGUUAUUCUUUUCGGUGUUCCUUUGAAAGAAGGCACAAAAGACCCAGUAGGUACAGCAGCUGAUGAUCCAGAAGGUCCAGUUAUUCAAGCCAUCAAACUUUUGCGUAAAGAAUUUCCAGAGCUUUACAUAAUCUGUGAUGUGUGUCUUUGCGAAUACACUUCUCAUGGUCACUGUGGUGUGCUCUAUGAUGAUGGAACCAUCAACCGUGAGAGAAGUGUUUCAAGAAUUGCUGCUGUAGCUGUCAACUACGCCAAGGCAGGUGCCCACUGUGUUGCACCAAGUGACAUGAUUGAUGGUAGAAUCAAGGACAUCAAGAAAGGCUUGAUAUCUGCCGGUCUAGCCCACAAGACCUUUGUGCUGUCUUAUGCUGCCAAGUUCAGUGGUAAUUUGUAUGGACCUUUCAGGGAUGCCGCCUGUUCCAGUCCAUCGAAUGGUGAUCGUAAAUGUUACCAAUUACCACAGGCUGGUCGUGGCCUUGCCAGAAGAGCAUUGGCUAGAGAUAAGAAUGAGGGUGCCGAUGGUAUCAUCGUGAAGCCUUCUACUUUCUAUUUGGAUAUUAUGCGUGAUGCCAGUGAAAUCUGCGAGGAUUUGCCUAUUUGUGCCUACCAUGUUUCUGGUGAAUAUGCUAUGUUACAUGCUGCAGCCGAAAAAGGUAUUGUCGACUUGAAGAGCAUAGCUUUCGAAUCGCAUGAGGGGUUCUUGAGAGCAGGCGCAAGACUGAUUAUCUCCUAUUUCACCCCAGAGUUUUUGGAUUGGUUGAGUAAUUAA